AUGAGGCACCGUGUGGUGCACCUAGCCACGUGCAACUUGGCACAAUGGGCGAUGGACUUCGAGGGCAAUCUAGCGCGCAUCGUGGAAUCGAUCCGGGUCGCUCGUGAAGCUGGCGCUGCGUACCGCGUGGGGCCGGAACUGGAGAUUCCGGGCUACGGGUGCGAGGACCACUUCUUCGAGCACGACACCGUCGAGCAUUCCUGGGAAGUUGUGUGCGAAAUCAUCAAGGGCGGCCACACAAACGGUAUCGUCGUCGACGUCGGCCUCCCAGUGGUACAUUGCGGCGUCCAGUACAACUGCCGCUGUCUGCUACUGGACGGGCAGAUCCUCCUGGUCCGACCGAAGCUGGCCCUUGCGAACGACGGGAACUACAGGGAGACGCGGAACUUCACGGCGUGGAAGCACACGGGCGCCCUCGAGCGCCUGAACCUUCCCCCCGACGUAGCCGCGCUCACCGGGCAGCGCACGGCGCCCUUCGGCCACGCCAUCGUCCAGUUCCGGGACAUGUCCCUCGGGAUCGAGUCCUGCGAGGAGCUCUUCACCCCCAGCGCCCCGCACAUCGAGCUCGCGCUCCGUGGCUGCGAGGUUGUGUCCAACGGCUCAGGAUCGCACCACCAGCUCCGGAAACUCUCGCGCCGGUUCCAGCUCAUGACCUCCGCGACCGCCAAGUGCGGCGGCGCCUACCUCUACGCCAACCAGCAGGGCUGCGACGGCGGCCGCCUGUACUACGACGGCUGCUGCGCCGUCGUCGUCAACGGCGACGUCGUCGCGCAGGGCUCCCAGUUCUCCCUGCGCGACGUCGAGGUGGUCACCGCGGCAGUCGACCUCGACGACAUCGUCUCGCACCGCGCCGCCGUGUCCUCGCUCCGCGAACAGGCCUCCUGCGCGGCCGCGAUCCCCGUCGUGGAGGUCGACCACGCCAUGUGCCGCGCCUCCACCGCGCCGCCGCCCGUCUCGCAGCCCAUCCCGCUGCGCGAGCCGCGCCCCGAGGAAGAGAUCGCACGCGGCCCCGCGGCGUGGCUGUGGGACUAUCUGCGCCGCAGCGGCGCCUCGGGCUUCCUGCUCCCGCUCUCCGGCGGCGCGGACAGCUCGAGCACCGCCGCGAUCGUCGGCAGCAUGUGCCAGAUGGUCGUCGCGGCUGUGCGCGAGGGAGACGCGCAGGUCGCGGCGGACGCGCGCCGGAUCGGACAGUACGCGGACGGCGAGGCCGUCGACGACGCGCGCGAGCUGGCGCGCCGCGUGUUCGUCACAGUGUACAUGGGAACGGAAAACAGCUCCGCGGAGACCCGGAACCGCGCCGCGGCGCUCGCGGGCGAGAUCGGGUCGCACCACAUGGACGUUCGGAUCGACACGGUCGUGUCCGCGCUCGUCGCGCUGUUCGCGGCGGUCACGGGGCGCUCCCCGCGGUUCCGUGCCGACGGCGGGUCGCCGGCGGAGAACCUGGCGCUCCAGAACAUCCAGGCGCGGAUCCGCAUGGUCGUGGCGUUCCUCCUCGCGCAGCUCAUGCCGUGGGUGCUCGGCAGGAAGGGCUUCCUGCUCGUCCUCGGGUCCGCCAACGUCGACGAAGGCCUCCGGGGGUACUUAACCAAGUAUGACUGUUCGUCCGCGGACAUCAACCCGAUCGGCGGCAUCUCCAAGUCCGACCUCCGGGCCUUCCUCCGCUGGGGCGCGGAGCACCUCGGGUACCCCGCGCUCGCGCGCGUGGAGGCCGCGCCCCCGACGGCGGAGCUCGAGCCGCUGCGGGAAGGCACGCCCCCGCAGACGGACGAGGCCGACAUGGGCAUGACGUACGACGAGCUGACGGUGUACGGGCGGCUGCGGAAGAUCGCGCGGUGCGGGCCGGCGUCGAUGUUCCGCCGAUUGGUGCUGGAGUGGGGGCCUGCGCUGGCGCCGGGGGAGGUGGCGCGGAAGGUGAAGCACUUCUUCACGUACUACGCGAUCAAUCGGCACAAGGCCACGACGCUGACGCCGUCGUACCACGCCGAGUCGUACUCCCCCGACGACAACCGGUUUGACCACCGGCAGUUUUUGUACAACGUGCGCUGGCCGUGGCAGUUCCGGAAAAUCGACGAGAUGGCCGCGGCCGCGGAGAAGGACGCCAAGUGA